AGGAAGAAAACAUCCAACAGCAGCUCCCUCACCCAUGCCCACCACCUCCACACAACCAUGUACUUCUUCCUCCUCAACCUCUCUGUUCUCGACCUUGGCUUCAUUUCUACCACUGUCCCCAAAGGCGUGGCCAAUUUCCUCUGGAACAGCAGGGCCAUCUCCUACUCAGGAUGUGCUUCCCAGGUCUUUCUUUUUUCCUUCUUGGCAAUAGCAGAGUAUACUCUUCUCACAGUCAUGGCCUAUGACCGCUACAUUGCCAUCUGCAAACCCCUGCACUACGGGACCCUCCUGGGCAGCAAAGCUUGUGUCCACAUGGCAGUAGCUGCCUGGGGCAGUGGUUUCCUUUAUGCUCUGCUGCACACAGUCAAUACAUUUUCACUACCCCUCUGCCAAGGCAGUGCUGUGGACCAGUUCUUCUGUGAAAUCCCCCAGAUCCUCAAGCUCUCCUGCUCACACUCCUACCUCAGGGAAGCUGGGCUUCUUGUGGUCAGUGCCUGUUUAGGUGUUGGGUGUUUUGUUUUCAUUCUGCUGUCCUAUGUGCAGAUCUUCAGGGCUGUGCUGAGGAUCCCCUCUGAGCAGGGACAGCACAAAGCCUUUUCCACGUGCCUCCCUCACCUGGCCGUGGUCUCCCUGUUUAUCAACACUAUAUUGUUUGCUCACCUGAAGCGUUCCUCCAAAUCCUCCCCAUCUCCAGAUGUUGUGGUGGCAUUGCUGUACUCAGUGGUGCCUCCAGCAGUGAACUCCUUCAACUACAGCAUGAGGAAUCAGGAGCUGAAAGACACACUGAAAAAGCUGAUUCAAUCAGUAUUCUUUCAACAGCAAUAA